UUUUAAAUCGUGGGUGAAAGCAUUCAUGUGACAAUGUUAAAUUUCACUGUUUUGACACAUUUAUGGAGAUAAAAUUGAAUGUGUGUUUAUUUUACAUUGGAUUAAUGUGAAAAUUAAUUUAAUACAGCAACUGAUGCAAAGUGGGACAAAUUUUUACCAGGUUGCUUCUGUGUUCUCAGUGAAAAAUUAAGCAAUUGUGUUACUUGUUUUAUAAAAUUCAAAAUUAAUUUGGGACUUUUUGCUGUGAGGAUAUUACAAUAUACAUGUAGAGUCACCAUGUAGUGGGAUUUUAGUAUCCUAGAUUCAUACAAAAGAUUUGAAAGAGAACCAGCCAUUAUAAUCAAUCAUGAGUACUUAUCAAAUUAACCAGAAUGAGGGGUCGAACAGAAAUAUGUCGGGAGGGAAUAACUACAUGGACCUGUCGGACAUGCCGCUGGACAAAAACCAACAGACGAUGAUGUGGCAACAAAACCAAUACAUGGAUUCUGGUAUCAACUCAGGAGCCACAACCUCGGCUCCUUCCAUCAGCAGCAAGGGAGGUCACCAUGAACCUGAAGACAUGAAUGAACAAGGGGGAGAUAAUAUGGACACAACCAGGAUGAUGUUGGACUGGGCUGAACAAAAUUACAGCAAUCCACAAUAUACACAGGAUCAAGUUGAUGAAGUGAAUCAACAAUUAAACCAGACUCGUUCACAGCGUGUGAGGGCAGCCAUGUUUCCAGAAACCAUGGAGGAAGGCAUGGCUAUACCAUCAACACAAAUGCACCCCGAUCAACCAACGGCAGUGCAAAGAUUGGCUGAGCCAUCACAGAUGUUAAAGCAUGCCGUCGUUAACCUUAUAAACUAUCAGGAUGAUGCUGAUUUAGCUACCAGAGCUAUUCCUGAACUGACAAAGCUUCUUAAUGAUGAAGAUCAGGUAGUGGUCAGUCAGGCAGCCAUGAUGGUACACCAAUUGUCCAAAAAAGAGGCCAGUCGCCAUGCCAUCAUGAAUUCUCCACAGAUGGUGGCAGCAUUAGUACGAGCCAUGAACAAUACAAAUGACAUGGAAACCACACGUUGUGCUGCUGGGACAUUACAUAAUCUUUCACAUCAUCGCCAGGGAUUACUGGCUAUUUUCAAAUCUGGCGGAAUACCAGCUCUAGUCAAACUUUUAAGUUCACCCAUUGAAUCAGUUCUAUUUUACGCUAUCACAACAUUGCACAAUCUACUGUUACAUCAAGAUGGUUCCAAGAUGGCUGUCAGGCUCGCUGGAGGUCUACAGAAGAUGGUUGCAUUAUUACAGAGAAACAAUGUCAAGUUUCUUGCCAUAACAACAGAUUGUUUACAGAUUUUAGCUUACGGAAACCAAGAAAGCAAGUUGAUUAUCCUAGCCAGUGGUGGUCCAGGAGAACUUGUCAGAAUUAUGAGAUCUUAUACCUACGAGAAACUGCUGUGGACCACAUCUCGUGUCCUGAAAGUUUUGUCUGUAUGUUCUAGUAACAAACCUGCAGUCGUCGAGGCUGGUGGUAUGCAGGCAUUAGCUAUGCAUCUAGCUCAUCAGAGUCAAAGAUUAGUACAGAAUUGUUUAUGGACAUUGAGAAAUUUGUCUGAUGCAGCCACUAAAGCAGACAACAUGGAAACUCUCCUACAAAUGUUGGUACAGCUUCUGUCAUCCAAUGAUCUCAACAUGGUUACCUGUUCAGCUGGUAUCCUGUCCAACAUGACCUGUAACAACCAGCGUAAUAAGAUCAUCGUAUCACAGGUUGGAGGUAUCGAGGCUCUUGUUAGAACCAUUCUACAGGCAGGAGAUCGGGAAGAUAUCACUGAACCAGCUGUGUGUGCAUUGCGUCAUUUGACAAGUCGUCAUCCAGAUGCAGAGAUGGCCCAGAAUGCAGUGCGAUUACAUUAUGGACUUCCUGUCCUUGUCAAACUGUUACAUCCACCAAGCAGAUGGCCAUUGAUCAAGGCUGUUGUUGGCUUGAUCAGAAAUCUGGCACUCUGCCCAGCAAACCAUGCUCCACUCAGAGAACAUGGUGCAUUGCCAAGAAUUGUCCACCUUUUGUUGAGAGCCCACCAAGACACACAAAGGAGAGCAUCCAUUUCCUCAAAUGGCCAGGGAUCCGGCUAUGUUGAUGGUGUACGUAUGGAGGACAUUGUUGAAGGUACAGUAGGAGCUCUCCACAUUUUGGCCAGAGAAGGACACAACAGAGCUGUCAUUAGAGGGUUGUCAUGUAUACCACUGUUUGUACAGCUGUUGUAUUCACCUAUUGAGAACAUACAGAGAGUAGCAGCUGGAGUACUAUGUGAGCUGGCAGCUGAUAAGGAAGGAGCUGAGCUCAUUGAACAAGAGGGCGCCACUGCUCCUCUUACUGAACUCUUACACUCCAGAAAUGAAGGAGUUGCAACAUAUGCAGCAGCUGUUUUGUUCAGGAUGUCUGAAGAUAAACCACAAGAUUACAAGAAACGUCUGUCUGUAGAACUGACCAGUUCCCUGUUCAGGGGAGACCAGAAUAUGCCAUGGUCUGAGCCACCAGGAUUUGAUGAUGUGGCCGGAGGUUUCGGACAGGACGAAUCCUACAGGGAUCAGAUGUAUCAACCACCACAACACCAUGGUAGUCAAGGCAGCAUGCAUAGUGGAGGCGACAUGAGAGGAGGUUAUGAUCCUCAACUUCCCAUUGAUUCCAUGCAAGGCCUAGAUAUUGGAAGUCAACAUGGCAGCAAUUAUGGUCCAUUGGACAACAUCCCUGACUUGGGCCCACAGUCUCAUUCUGGACCAGAUUUAAAUUUUGAGAACAUAGAAUCAACACUGCCCCCUCAACAUGAUGGUAGCCAUUCGUGGUACGAUACAGAUUUGUAAAUAAACUAAUUGUUUUUGAUGAAUAAGAAAUUUGAUUGACACAGAUUUUAGGAAAAACAUCAACAAGUGAACAACAUUGGAUGAUAGUGAUCUGUGAAAAAGCACAUUAGUGCUGGAACAAAUGUAAAUAAAACAUCCAGGUGACCUGAACAAGCAUGUUACUGAUAAAGAUCUGAGAAUAUUGUGCCUGAUGAUAUUUUUUUUGUAAAUGAAUUUUAGAAUUAGAAUAAAACUGUAUGUGCUGUCUGAAUUAAAUGUUAUUUAAAAUUAGUUAUUUAAUUUCCAUUAUAUAGACUAUAACACAAUCAAAUUACAUGUAUACACAAGUUACCAUGGUUACUUGGAAAUCAUAAUGUCAAUAACGGAACAAAGUUCUUUUUUUUUCUCAUUAAACUCACAUUUACAUCACAUUUCAUUUCUUCAUACAUAUCAGCAUCAUAUAUCAAUCAGAAAAAGAUGUAAAAAAAAAAAAGACCACAAAUUAUUAUUUUGUUGCCAUGGUGACAUGUACUGAUUUAAAUUAUACUUUUUUUUUUAUGUUUUAUCCAUUAUUGUACAGGUGUAUGUUUUAAAUUAUACAAGUGAUUUUAUUAAUUUUAACAAUAACUGGUCCGUUGUCAUUGUUCGUUUUUUUGGACCAGAUACAAAAUUAAGUUUUGACUGGUUCAAAUUCAUUAAGGCGAUACAGGACUUUUUAAUUACGUAUGACAGUAUAUUCUAUGAUAUAGGAAGUGAUAUUGUAUUCUUAAAACUUUGAGAUUGGAUGGUUAUCUUUUUCUCUUGAUAGUUUCAGUUUGUAUAUGAAUAAUUUUCUUGGUAUAAUAAGGAUAAAAAUUAAUUUUGAUUAUUAUACUUAAUCUGAUUUUUUCUCUUUUCGUGUUAAUAUUUCUAUCAACACUUCUUUUGUCUUUCAGAUUCUUUUUUAUACAAAAUAACUCUAUCAGUUGUGAGUUUCAGUAGAAGGUUGUAAAUAGAUAUUGGUUUGAUGAAUAAGAAAAACAAUUUUUAUAGUAAUUUUAGCAUUUUAGAAAUUUUAGUUAUUUUAUUUCUAUGAAAAAAUGCCAUGUUGCAUAAAAUACUUUGCAAAGAGUUUUAAGUCAUAGAAUAAGAAGAUUAGGAAUUCAUAAGGUAUUCGUUCAGAUGAUACAAAUUUUAAAGAGUUUUUUUGUGUAUAAUAAAUUUGGCCAUAUGAGGAGAAUUUGUAUUUCUAGAUUUGAACAGGUUUAAGGAUUACCUAAGUAAUUAAUGUAUUUAGAUAAAAAGAAAAGUUGUACCAUAUUAAAGUCUCAUUUUGAUAUUUCAUAAGAAAUUUAUAAUGUACUUAUAUCUGCAUGCCUUUUUCAAUAAAGAUGGCAUUUUUCUAUAAAA